UGGAGCCGCACUUUGCCGACCACUGGCCUAUGAGAUUUAUCUAUUUAAUAAUCUGCCGUUGCUAAGUUUAAACCAAUCCGGAAAAAGCAUGGUCAGUUAAGUAAUAAUCUUUUGACAUGCAUUCUUCUUUAUAAGCUAAAAGCAAAUAAAGUAAUUUUUGUUACUGAGGGGAGUGUUAAUACUAAGCAAUAAGCGUAAACAAUGAUUAGAUAAUGUUAUUGACAAUGUUAAAUUUAAUUUUAAUAAUAUUUUUGUAUCAGUUUUUGUUUCUAAUUUUUGAUUGAUGUAUUUAAAUUUGUUCUUUAACUGAACUCUGAAAGAUUUACUUUUAUCAUUUAAGAUAAAACUUUCACAAUUAAAACGGCAUAUUCAAUAUUUAAUCUCCCCUUAUUUUUUGCUGAAUAAUCAUAUAUAAUAUCGAUGACGAAAACUCCUCUACAAAAAGUUGUAUUUAUAUUAUCUAUUUCAUUCUUAAAUAAACAGUUGUUCACACAGUGCUCGAACAUACAGAAAUUAAUGCAAUAUGUGUAACAAAGCAAUUACAUUUAAAGGUAGUUUAAUUAAGCAUUCCCUUCUAAGUAAUGGAGAUAAAUCUUAUGUAUGCAAUGUAUGUAAUAAAACAUUCACACGAAACAACAGUUUAAAAAGACACUAUCUUAUUCAUACUGGACUUAAACCUCAUGUAUGCAGUGUGUGUGAAAGAACAUUUACGCAGAAAACUAGUUUAAACAAACACUAUCUAACUCAUUCUGAAAAAAAAACUUUGACUGUUACUGCGGAUAAACUGUAUUCAUGUAGUGUCUGUCAUAAAUCUUUAACGAAAAAAUCUCAUUUACUUAGACACUAUCUUGUGCAUACUGGAGAGAAGCCUUAUUCAUGCAGUGUGUGUAAGAAAACAUUUUCACAGACAGCCAGUUUAAAAAAGCACGUUGUAAUUCAUACCGGUGAAAAACCUUAUUCAUGUGGUGUAUGUAAUAAAACAUUUUCUCUGAAAGCUCAUUUAGACAAGCACUCUUUUGUACAUACUGGCGAAAAACCUUAUGAAUGCAGCGUAUGUAAUAAAACGUUCUCCCUGAAAACUAAUUUGAGUAGACAUUCUAUUGUUCAUACUGGAGAAAAGCCUUAUUCGUGCAAUGUAUGUGAUAAGACCUUCACACGCAAAACUCAUUUAGAUAAACACUAUUUUGUUCAUACAGGAGAAAAACCUUUUCCAUGCAGUGUAUGUGAUAAAGCAUUCAGACAAAAGAGAAGUUUAAAUAAACACUCUCUUGUUCAUACGGAAGAGAAAAUUUUUCCAAGCAGUAUGUGAAAUAAGUUAUUUGUAUAGUAAAGGAGUUAAAUGUUUAUUAUUAUAUUGUUAUUAUUUAGUUAUUAUAUUCUUAUUCUUUAGUUAUAUUGUUACAUGUUAUUAAAUUUUUUUUUCAAAAAGAAAAAAAUAUUUGAGUUAUUAAAAAGAAUAUAAAUGACAAUUCAGAAAAUGUGUAUUGUUACAAUUAUGAUGAAAUAUGUAAUUUUGUGGGGAAAAUAAACCAGAUUUAAACAUGACGUCUAAAAUCGAAGGAAAAAAGAAGGAACAGCAUACCAUCCAUUUACAUUGAUUUCUAAUUGGGAUUACUACUGAUCUAUUACUGAUAAAUAUUUAAUAGUCCUCCAUUAGUUUGAGUCCUGAGAAGCAUUCUGCCUAAACGAUUGUUGAAGUAAACUCUACUUUGCACAAAUUGUAGAUAAGCUUUUCUAUGCAGUAUACAUGAGAUAGAACAUUUAAGAAGAAAAAAAAGUUUAAAUAAACACUUUAUUUUCAUAUUUGAGAGUAUAUUUGAUAACUUUGUAAUGAAAAAGAAACCUCAAAUGAGAAAAAAGAAAGUGUAUAAAAAGAAAAUUGAUAUAGAAACAACGUAGUAAACCUACGAUUGUUGAAAGUCAAAGAUAUGGUAAAAGAAGUCAAUUUGUUCUAGUUUCGUAUGUAGUAAACAUUUUAUUAGUUUUUAUUGAAAUAUUAAGAUUAAAUGUUUACUCUUUUCGUAAGUCAGAUUUAAUAUGACACAGAGCAGGAAUUAUUUGUAAUUGCUUUAAAAUACAAAAAAGGAAAAUAUUAUUUUUAAUUUAAUCUAUACUCAGAGGGGAUACAAGUGUAUCCUCCUUACUCCAAUGCUAGCACCCAUGCUGAGGUCAAAAAAUGCCAACCUACAUGUUGCACGAUUUGUUACAGUUAGGGUGCACAACAAGUGGCCUACCAACUGUUGAUGUGUGACCCGCUGGAGCUUCGGAAUGAAAUGAAAAUUUUUUUUACUUUGUUUAUUAUUUAAACAUUAUAAAUUUUCUUUAAUUAAAAUAUUUCAUUUAAAUUCAUAUUACUCUAUAAAAAAAAUGCAUAUAUUUUUUGCACUUUCGUUCUGUAAGCUUAUAAUGCAUUAUAGCCUUUUAUGUUCUGUAAGCUUCUUUAAGAAUUUAUAUUCCCCCCCCCCAAUAUUUAUGUAUAUAUAUAUAUAUUUCAUAAAUUAAUUAUUGUGAAAAAUGGAAACAGUUUCUUAUACAAAGUAUCAGUUGUUUUAGUUUUAAAUAAAUUCAAAUAAUUAAAAGUGUUAAAUUUUCUGCAAAUAUGUUAUUAAAUUUAUUGAUAAAAAUAUUUUGUGAUUCAUAAUAUUUAUAUAAACUUUGCCAUGUUUGCCGCUAACAUGACGAAAUGGGCGUGCAGCUCUUUGUUACUCUACCUGCUGUGCAAGUGGCCCUUCAGUCAAAAAGGUUGUGCACCCCUAUGUUUCAGGCUAGGGUACUGACUGUCAUCCAUCAAGGCAUGCUCACCUUUGAGCCGAUCAACAUCGAAUUAAAAUGUGGUAACUAGUUUGAAUGACCACCAUUUAGCAGGGUAUAUAUUUGAAAACAUACAAGGACUGAUCCAACAUUCUAUGCAAAACCGAUUGAGAUAGCACAAGAGCAACAGGACCUGUUGGAUGAGACAUCUCAACUGCAUACUUUUUAUUGUUGUUCAAAGAGUUAAAGUAAAUAUUGUUUGUUAUAAAAAUUUGAUUUAUUGAAUAAAGAUGUUCUUUGUUUGAUUAUCAACUUAGUAACAUUAAAAAAAGAA